AUGUCACCCUCAGUGGAAUGGGCGAACCUAUUCUAUGCUCUCACAGGAGCAUCGAUUGCUUACUUGUUCGUGAACGCCAUCUAUCGACUCUAUUUCCAUCCUUUGGCAAAGUUUCCUGGGCCAAAGAUCGCCGCCUUGACUGGGUGGUAUGAGGCCUAUCAUGAUAUGUAUCGUAGGGGGAUGUUCAUAUGGGAGAUUCAAGAGAUGCACGAGAAAUAUGGCCCAAUUGUGCGAAUUAACCCACAUGAGCUGCACAUCCGAGACGCAGACUUUUACGAUGAGCUGUACGCGCCUGCAUCAAAGAAGCGCGACAAAUACAAGGACUGGGUUAUGCUUUCCGGCACCCCUGGCGCAUCGUUCUCAACUGUUUCCCACUCGCACCAUCGUUUGCGACGAAAUGCGCUCAAUCCGUUCUUCUCCAAACAGGCAGUGCAGCGUAUGGAACCAUUGAUCACCGAGAAAAUUGAGCGUCUGAGCUCCCGUUUGAUUGAUGCAGCUAGAACUCAGCGUGUGGUACGCUUGGAUGCGGCACUCAUGGCUCUUACAAUGGAUAUUAUCUGUCACUACUCCUACGGCGAGAGCUAUAAUUAUCUCGCCCUAGACAAUUUCAAGGAGGAAUGGAAAGAAGCCCUGAUCUCUGCGUUGGAAAACGGUAUAUUCCUUCGAAACUUUCCAUGGGCAUUACCCUUGUUGAGGUCAAUUCCCCACUCCAUUCUCAAAGUCCUUCAACCCAAUGCUGCGUCUCUCGCAGAAUGGGCCAUGCUUGUCAAGGAGAAAGUAGACAUCUUGAUACAAGAGGACUCCGCUGGAAAUAAGUCUAAUGGAAGUAUCUUCCAAGUGAUGCUUGAUAGCGAUCUGCCGCCAGAGGAAAAGUCUGCAGCUCGCCUUAUCGACGAAGGUCAAUCUGUCGUCGGAGCCGGGAGCGAAACCACUGCCAACACCUUGACCAUUAUUAUGUUUUACGUUUUGGAGGAUAAGAACCUUUUGCGCAAAUUACGUGAAGAGCUGGCUUCAAUCUCAUUAGACGAGUCUCCUCUUUUGCCGAAGCUGGAGAAACUUCCAUUUUUGACCGCCGUCAUUACCGAAGGUCUCCGAUUGAAUAUUGGUGUCAUGAGUCGAUCACCUCGCAUUGCCUACGAACCUAUCAAAUAUCAGGACUGGGUUAUUCCUCCCGGUACCCCAGUCAGUGAAUCAAUCUAUUUUGUGCACUGGGAUCCCACGUUAUUCCCUGAGCCGUCGAAAUUCCGUCCUGAGCGGUGGAUCAAAGCCCAAGAAACAGGGUUCCGACUGGAAAAAUACAUGAUCUGUUUCUCGAGGGGCAGUAGAUCAUGCUUGGGUAUAAAUCUUGCGUACGCGGAACUAUACCUGACCCUGGCCAAAAUCAUACCUCGAUUCGAAAUGGAUUUAUUCGAGACAACGGUCGAGGAUGUGGAGCCUGAGCGCGACUUUUUCGUCCCAGUACCGAAAUUAGAUUCCAAAGGCGUACGUAUCAAAGUGACGGGAGUGAACUGA